AAGAUGGGUUGGGUCGGCAGGCGACUGACACUCCCCCGUUGGGCUCGCGCGGCGCCGACUUCCCCACCUCCUCCCCUCUCGCCCACGAGCACAGCACGCGCCGCGCGGUGGUGGUUUCUCUCUCUCUCUCUCCUGCGACCAAAUCUGCAGCGCGAGGGAGGGGGAGCCACGCACACUGAGGGCGGCCCUGCUCCUGCUCUGGUACCCGUCUGCGGGCGCUCGGUGGUCUCCCCAGCGAUCCCGCAGCCAUGAACAUCUUCAAGAAGAAGGUCGACCCCAAAGAGGCUCUCAGGACCAGCAAACGUGAAAUGGCGGUCGCCACACGGGGAGUUGAGCGAGAGAUUGGCUCCCUGCAAAUGGAGGAGAAGAAGCUGGUUGCAGAGAUAAAGAAGACUGCCAAGACUGGAAAUGAGGCGGCAACCAAAAUAUUAGCUCGGCAACUUGUCAGGCUCAGGCAACAGAUCCUCAAUUUGCAAGGCUCACGGGCACAGAUUCGUGGAGUAGCUACUCACACACAGGCAAUGUAUGCAGGUACCUCAAUCUCUGCUGGAAUGAAAGGUGCAAGCAAAGCGAUGGCAGCAAUGAAUAAGCAAAUGGAGCCGGCGAAACAGAUAAAGGUCAUGAAAGAAUUCCAGAAGCAAUCAACUCAGUUGGACAUGACGCUUGAAAUGAUGUCCGAUGCCAUUGAUGAAACACUCGACAAAGAUGAGGCGGAAGAGGAAACAGAAGAGCUUACAAACCAGGUCCUUGACGAGAUCGGUGUCGAUGUGGCUUCUCAGCUUUCUUCGGCUCCUAAAGGUCGCAUCGGAGCAACUAACAAGAAAGUUGACAACAGCCAAGCACGAAAUGCUGCGGCUCCUGCAAGAAACGUGGCGGCACCGCCAGAAUCCUCUGCAGAAGUUGACGAUCUGGAGCGGCGAUUGGCGUCUCUCCGCCGCAUCUGAGCCCGGAGCUGCUGAAGGAAGAACUUGUAAUAGUAGCCGUUCAUCUAUAUUUGUAAAGUUGUUUAGCGAUGACAUGAUAAUGAUUGCCUGCUAUGUUGUAGGGAAAUAUCAAACUGCACAUGAUGCGAUUGAACCUACCUAGUCUCCUGUCUUUA